AUAACUCGGCAAAGCAUGAAAUGUCAUUUCAAGACGGUUAUGGGUUUCCACAAGUGUAUUACCUGCACGUGUUGUUUAAAAUGACUCAUAUUUCAAAUACAGGGAAAGGUCACAAACGUAUGUAAGCGAUACAAGGAGGUUAAGCAUGCAGGAUGGCGACUGAGGUAGUUAAGGAAUGUAAUAAGGAGGGGUCCACGCCUACCAACAUUUCGAUGACUAUGGACAAGAGCAGGCCUGUCUGGAUCGUAUGUCCACCUGAAGAAGCGUUCGGAGAUGUCCAGUGUAAUGAGCCUUGCCCAUUAGAAAACUGUGGUCAGAUCUUCUCCAAUACUAGCUGUUUACGUAUGCACGUGACGAAAACGCAUGGCAUUGUACAGAAAAGCAGCUCUGCCCGAGACAAGGAUAAGAGUGCUAACUUACCAAUAGAGUACCACUGCCCGAAGACCUCAUGUCCCUAUAGCCUUUCCUCACCUAGACACUUCUCCUCCAUGAAGCUGCUCAAACAGCACUACAGUAAGGUCCAUGCAGAGAAGAAACACAAGUGUGAGAAGUGUGGUGCUGGGUUUGGCUUGAGCCGAGACAAAGAACGUCACGAGGUUCGAUGUGGCAUCGUCUACAAGUGUGGGACCUGUCAGUGUCCCUACACGACGCGCGAGGCCAUGCUCACACACUGUCAGCGCAAGUCACAUGACCUGCCGGCCGAGAUCAUCAGGGCAAGAGAGGAACAAUUGACUGCACAAAAGAUGAAGAAGUUAAAGAGACGACAGGUAGAGAACCAACUUCCUGACCCCUUCAGGGGCCACCCACCUCCGAAAGUAAUCCUGGUCAACAUCCAACCGACCCCACCAAGUCUUCCAACAAAGCUGUGCGCACGUGGCACAAAAGUCACACACCACAAACCCAUUCUCUGCAAGCCAACUCCAAACAUCAAUUUGAUCCCCUUAACCAGGGUCACAGUGACUCUUGACAAUGUUAAAGUAAACCAGAAGAAAGAUAACGCUGAACGAAAUAUUGCCACUGUGAACAGUUCACAAGACAAGGGAGAUAAUUCAAGCGAUGUGCAGAGUAACAAGAGUUGUGACACGAACAUUGGUCAAUUCCAGAUUGCAAACACUCAAACACCAGCUCCAGUGAUGGAGACGGGUAUGCAGACAAAUGUUACGAUUCCCCUCAGGAAGACGACAGGUCAUCAACGGAACGCUGCACAGACACAGACAACAGGGGACCUCAUAUUACAGGCUGCCAUGGCAACUGCCAAUAUUCCAAUUCAUAAAUCGUCUGUUGGGACACAGAUGACCCCAAGGUCAAAGUUAAGGGCAAUCAAACAAGGCAGUGUAUGUUCCAGUGAGACACAGACAGUAAAUGUUCAGGCAACCGCCAGGAAACGACGACGACGUAAAGGACCGAUCCUCGGGGCGCCGUUGAGAAUGGACUCGACCUGCCAGACAACUGCUGGUCGGCCACUUGCUCUGGUCACCAUGACUAGUGAUUCAACAUGUCAGGUUGAGAGCGUGGGGAUGAUGAGUACGUGUGUUCAGACUAACAGGAUGGUCGACAACAUAAGUCAGACUCAAGAUGUCAACCCUGACGAUGUCUCCCUGUACGCCUCUUCCACUGCACAGCAAGUAGCAAGUAACAACCAAUCAAAGACGAGACCUCUGUUUGUGUCUCCCAUACCAGACACCACAGACAAUGGAGUUAAUGAUACAAGUAGACACAGAGUUACACGAAAACGGUCGAGAGCCACAGUUAAUAAUCAACGUAGGAAAAGUACUUCAACGGCAACAAGUUGCUCAGCAAUGAAAGUGCCGAAGAAACAUUCUGGCAGCAUGGCUGUGCAAACUACACCAAAUGCUGUUCCCAACUUUGGUCCUAGAGUUUCAUUGAAUACCAGUAGUAAUUUAAGCCAGGGAACAUCAACAGAUCUAGACCUUGGAGAUGAGUUUCAGAACUUUCUGAUGUCCACUUGUCGAGACAUUUCUGUGGGGACGGAUAUUGACGACACCCAGCCUACCACUGCCAGUGACGCAGUUUAUACAAAACGCAUGUCUACUGCAACCUUUAAUGCUUUUGUAGAAGCAUCAACUCAAGUCACGGAUAUCAGGAACCCAACAACGUCCAGUGCUACACAGUUCAACGUUACACCAACCAGUGUGUUUUGUGGAGGCACUGCAAGGAGUCAUGAUGCUGGUUCAAUGACCUGCGACCUGCAGCAGAGCAUCAGCGGGUUUGUUUCGCUGACUGACUCGGAAGUGCAGACUUUGUCGUCUGCAUCUGACCUUGACACGCUGUUACAGACAGCUCAGACUAACACUGAUGCCCCGGACACGCUGAUGGACAUGCAUACUCAGACCAUCAACGACUUUGAUGUGUUUGACUUGUUAAUGAACAACAUGGAAACCCAGACAACGGAUGACCUUGACCUCGAUACCUUCACCUUCACGGAUAUACAGACUCAGACCAUGUUUGAUUUCCAACCAAUGGAAGACCCAAUGUCUAUUGUGGGAGAAGAAACUCAAUGCUCUUCGACACAAACCACGGCCAACAAGAAAGGCGGGAUCGUUGACACGGCACACCAGAGCGAGGCUACUCAGACCUCCCAGGUCGAUUCGACAUCUCUCACAGACACACAUACACAAACGCCCCUCCCUGGUCUCUUUUCCUUGACCGACACUCACACACAGACCACUCUUGAUGACCUAGCCAAUAUCUUUGCCCAAUUUGAUUAAUGUUAACUUUGACUAUGUAAGUGAAAUUAUUUAUAUAUUAUGUUGUUGUUUAAACUUGUAUUGUACAAGGGAGUUAACCCACACAAAUGUAAAACUUGGGUCUGAAUUUUUAAUACAAGAAAGUAAAAGAUUUGAAUGUUAGUCUAAACUGAUCAAAUUGAAAAUAAAUUAGUCUUUUUGUUUCUGUGUGAUAUAAUACACUCUAAUUCGUUUGAGAUGUAACAGGCCAUUUGAAUGGGAGAUCAAAAGAAUUUACGACAAUAUAACCAUGAUAUAUUAAUAUGGCUAUUGUUACUGACGUCAAUGACCGUGAAACAUCAUAAAAUGGAUUAUUAAUGACCUCACAAACAAUAGCUUGACCUAUGUAGUUCUGCCUCAGUUUGAAUGUGUAAAAUUGUCGUUUCUUUCCUUGGCACUGGCUGAUGUGAAUUAGAGUGUGAAUAAUGGUAUAUCAUGAUUAUAUUACCGCAAAUAUCUAUUUCACUGGCUCUGCUCAAAAACCCAAUUUGCGAACGUAUAAUAACGAUAUACCUCCACAAAUCUAAAACUACAUUGGGUUAUCCCUAAGUGUUGAAUCUGAUAAUUUUGCAAAGUAACGCACAGAAAGGUGAAAUUUGGGUCUAACUUUUCUUUCAAGAGAGUGGAUAUUUGAGUGUUACUCAAAGGCAACAAUUCAUCAUUUUGUUAUCUAUUAUUUAUUAGAGUAUUGAAACUUUUUACAUCUUUGCACCAAUUUUUUCUGUUGAAAUAUCAGCUGACCGCUCACUUUCACUCUCUGUGAAGAGUAGCUUGGUUAGCGAAGAUGAUUUUCCCCAUAACAGAACAGAUGUUCGAGGAUUAAGUUUUUGGGGAUAAAAAAUAUCAACAGUAUAUAUAUAUAUAUAGUGCUACCUCACCAUAAAAGUUAUCGCCAUUCUAGAAAAACAUCAGGCAGACACACAAUAUUGGCCUCAUUUUGUAUCUAAAUGUUUAAAAGAAGGCCAUCUUGUACAAUGUUUUUUUCAACUAGAAAAGAAAUGAUAAAAUAUAGUAUGGGGUGCCCCCAAAAUAGUUAAUUCAUAUGACACUGUUAUUAGGUGUUACUUCAAAAAUAUUUGCAAAAAUUGGUGACCUAUAGCAGUGCAGUGGAUCUUUUCAUCAACAGUGCAUAAUGUCAAUGCAUGACCCAUAGCUUGUUUGAAAAAGUUUGUUAAAAAAACAAAUUCCAUAAAAAACUUAAUUUAUAUAAUAUUGUACAUGGCAGAAAAAGAAUAGUUUAAGAUCAUUCAAUGAUAUUCAAUACUCAUUUUUUGUAUGAUUGUGUUAUACAUGGUCAUUUUUUGUUUAUCAUUCUACUGCACCUUUACUUAUUCACGUAGGGACCCUUUAACUCAUUCACCCCUGAAAUUUCAAAAUGAACUAUUCCAUCCUUUGAACUGGAAGA